AUGGAUCCGAAUAGAUCCUUCUCUGCAUUGGGGCAACAUAAUCCAUCAUCUGAUACCGCAAGCAGUAAUAGACCUAAAUACGAUUAUACAUUACCACCCCUCAAUCGGACCGAAUCGGCUUCCUCUUCCUCUUUGUACAAUCAAUCCGGCUCAACAGUCAACCACUAUACCAUGAAUGACGAACGAUCAGGUAACAAGAAACGAAGUGCGAUGGAGGGUGAUAUCGACAACCGAGGAUUACCAAAACCUAGAGCGAAUUCGUCAUCAUCCGCUCAUGGUCAAGCUAAGAAAGAAUCCGAUAAAAAUGUUGAUGGGGAACCCGGACCCAGAAGGGCGGCACAAGCAUGUUUACGAUGUCGGAAACAGAAACUGAAAUGCAUCGGUGGAUGGCCAUGUAAUAGAUGUACGAAAUCAAAGAAUGUUUGCGAUUUUGGCAGACCUGGAUUAGGAGGACCUGGAGGAACUGGAUCAAGCGUUAAUGACGGCGGUGUAUCGACUGAAGCAAACGCUAGAUUAGAACAAUUGGAAAGCAGUGUUGCCAAUCUGCUGGCUGGUCUCGCAGGUGGUAAUAGCAAUGGUAUGGGUGGAUCGUCAAGCUAUCCGAAUGGUGAACUAUUACAUACUUUCGAUCCCGUCAAAAGAAGAUCAGAAACUCUACAGACUGAAUCGGGCGCACCUUACCCUUCACAAAAUGCAAGUCAAUACGCUCAGAGUAUUCCACCUCCAACGCAUGUGAGACCACUGGAUCCGCCUAGAGUGGGAAUGAAUCCAGUCACAACUCUGCCGAUGAACCAUAACCCCACAACAUCAACCUCACCUGAUGAUCCUGUGAUGUUCCAGAACCAUGUCAGAUUUACUUCUUCGCCGAAUGCAACUUUCGUACCCCAUAACCAAUCGCCUUCAGGUUUUUCCUCAAAUGGUACAGGUCCAAGUCCAGCAAGUGCAAAUGCAGUAGGGAGUGCAGGUAGUGUCAGUGGAGAUUUGCUGAAAGACCCGCUGGUGAAGAAGAGGAAAGGAAAAGGUCAAAAAGCAGAGGAACGGCUAGCAGCUGCGACAGAGGGAGACUUUGCUGAACCUCCUUUCAAGGCUUUGGUAUAUCAACCUUCGGUGUGGGACAAUCGAGAACAAUCGAGGCGAAAUUCUCCGCAGCCAAGUCAACCCCCCAGUCGGGAUGAGAUACCACCUGGAACAUAUGAAAAGAGGUUCAUGAAUGACAGAGAUGAUCCAGUCAAUACGGAGCUGGUUGACGUACAGAUGGCAGAGAUCUUGUUUGCUUUCUUCAUUGACCACUGUCACCCUUUCUUGCCGAUCGUAAAUGUUGCCUUGGAUGAUGCUUUCAACACGAUUCGACAAUCACCCUUCUUGAUCUCAGCAAUUUUAGCAGUUGCUGCACGGUUUUAUAUCAAGUUCACGUCUCGGUCUCCAGGAGCAAUGCCUACGCUUGAUCCGGCCAUUCCUUCACGGCUAGCGAAUCUUGCUGAAGCUCAUCUGAGUAACACCAUUCUCAGAAAGCAACAUGCCUUAUCUGAUGUUCAAGCUGUUCUGUUGUUAUCCGCUUGGGGAUUACAAAGUGGGGGUAGAGGUCCUGAUUCGUGGGUUGUCACUGGACAUGCCGCUAGGAUAGCCAGAAGAUUAGGUGUACAUACGUUACUAGGUCAAGCUGCAGAGAUAGCUAGAUUGACUAGACCAGGUACAUCAGAAUGGGAAAGAUUGGAACAGUUUAUGCCUCAAUGGAGAACUUGGCUAUGUUGGUUUUGCUUCGACGGAUUCCUUUCGUUGGGUUUCGGUCGACCUCAAUCAACUCAAUUUGAGACUGUCGAUGAACAAGGAUUUCUCCAAAUUAGAUUGAAUCAAGCUCUCCCUAGACCGGGAUCCACACCUUCUAUCUCAUUGUAUGGCGAUGUCUAUAUUGCUGGACAGGUACAACUGACUCAAAUUGGAAGAGAUCUGAUCAAUUGGGGUGAAAUGCUGGCUGAUCCAAGAAGCGCGCUAUGGGCCGAUCCAAAAAGAGCAGAUAUGUUUCAUGAUAAGGAACUAAACGUUGGAAAUAUGUUCAAAGAUUUAAAUGCUAGAUUAGAUGAAUGGAGCAGAUUAUGGGUGUGGAGUGGCUCCCCGUAUACUAUGUAUCUCGGAUCGUCGGCACGUAUUGCACGACUUCAAGCGGAUCACAUGCGUUUAUGUCUAAAUUCGUUCGCGUUAAAAUCAGGUCCUGAAGAAGAUGAAUUAGUAGCUCAGUGUCUGAAAAAAGCAUUGAACGCUGCCAUGUCAACCAUUCAAACUCAUCACGAAAGUAGUCAAACAGACCUGGCACUAAGCUUCGCGACUGAUUAUCUCACAAUAACAUUAGCUCAAGCAGCAGUCUUCUUAGUUCGGAUAGCGAAGGCUUCACCCGUGGUACAUUCCAUAGUCAACAUCGAUCUAUCCGUCAUUUCAUAUUACUUGAAAAUGAGUAUAGAUCUGCUUGAGAUUGGGGAACUGAGCGAAACAAAAGUAUCCACUUAUCUAGCUAAGACAAUUAGAGAUAUCGCUAGAGCUGCUGAAAUCAGCGGAAUAGGGUUACCACUUGCAAGAAUGGGGGCCUCUGGAGACGGCGACGGCAGUGAACAAGGUAUUGAGAGGCCACAAUCAUCACAUAAUCAUACCGACUCAAUCCAACCUAAUUUGCUGGAAUCAACCCAAAAUGACUUAUCGACUUUUGAAAUGGAUUCAUUCUUACAAUUUGAGAACUCAAUGGAUUUGGGCUACUUGUUAGGUUUACCUGGUGAUAAUUCCUUGUUAUUACCAAAUACCAAUCCGCCAUUCGGUAAUACAGGUACCAACACUCCCAAUUCAAAUUUGCUAGGAACAGGUGGGAAUGGACCACCGCUCAAUAAUCCGGGAAUCAACGGGAAUAAUGGGUUCAAUGCGGAAUUCGCUUAUGGAAUGAACGGGAUUGGAAGUUAUGGUUUAACAGGAAUGUGGUUUGGUGAUAAUGAUGAAUUAGGUGGAAAUGGACAAGAUGGCAAUCAAGGGCAAUGA